GGUAUCUAAUAAAACUGUUUAGAAUGUCCUCAUCUGGAGUUCUCGGCAUGCAGUUUGAAUCAAGACUGGUUGGAAGAGGUGGAUAUGUUAGAGACAUAACCUAUCCGAAUCUUACAUUCGAUGGUGCCCGAGUCGGAAUUGUCAGCAAGACAGACUACAACGAGCACCCUGACGAUGAUUUUGACCGAAAGGCCCUCCCAAUAAUAAGGGACAUUAGCUUCACCAAGAUAUACGGUCAAGGAGUCCGUGUACCAGUUAGAAUACAGGGUAGCGAGGACAUUGCCAUCAGAAACGUGACGUUUAGGGAUAUGUCUAUCGGGAUAACAUAUAAGAAGAAGCACAUAUUCCAGUGUGCCUUCGUCGAAGGCCGCUUAGUAGGGACUAUCUUCCCUGCUCCUUGUGAAAACCUCGAUAGAUAUGAUGAAGAAGACAUACUCGUAUAACGCUCUGAAUCCCAAAACGUAACGGAUAUAGCUAUGACAUAUGAGAAAAUGGCGGUUCUACGUCAGCCAGCCAUUCUUUCCGGGAUCAAAGCUCCAAGGCAUAAAAAGAAGUGCAAGUCUGUAUGAACAAGAACAGUGGUGGCGCAGAGCAAGCAUGUUUAUUCCUUUCCAUGCCUUUUUCUUUUUUGCUCCACUUUUAUAACUUGUUUGAUUGACCGAGUUGUGUACAGAAGAUGUCAAGUAGUUUAUAUACAUUCUCAUCAGCUUACUGA